AUGGACAAAACCAGCCCCUCACGGGCUCCGCUUGUGUCAGCAGGAGCUGGAAACGGAGUGGCCAAAGCAGGGCUCGCAGAGACCAUCACCCCAGUGGCUGGCAGCAUCGUGGCCGUCUCACCACGUGUCCGGCUGCCCCUCACACCCGCGGGCUCAGCGCGUCCGGCCGCGACACAGGGCAGCUCCGAGGAGGAGCGGGGAUCCCUCCUGGGAGGCACCGCCACAGCACCGGCCAAGCCACCAGCAGCCCUCAGUCCCACCACGGCUCCUGCCUUUGGGAUGCAGAAAGGACCAGCCACAGCACCCAGGGCUUCUGCCCACGCCAUCUCUAGCCAUGGAAAUCCCACGCUUGUGCCUCUGCCUGAGCCCCGGCCCACCCUGGGGCUUAGCACUGUGUCGCUAUACCCAUACGGCAGGGAGGGAAACGACAGUCGAUACGUUGAAAGGAAAGUGGACUUUAAUUCCCCACUGUUCAAACCAGAGAUUGGAUUCCCGUUGGGGAAAGAGCUGCAUGACUGCCUCUACUUUACAGAUGAUGGACAAAUCAUUUUCCCACCUACGGACAACUACGUCCCCUCCAACCCUAAUCCACCUCCCCAUGGGUUUGGUGUCCAGGAGAGUUUGCCAAUGGUGGCUGCAUUUUGGGACGAUGCGGAUUUUUCCCAGGGAGUUGGCACCACGUGGUACCAGGAAUACUCUACCCUUGGAUCUACCCAAAAUGCCCUUGUCCGUGACGUAGAAGCAAAGAUCGAGAGAUACAUGAAAACCUCAUACACAGCCAAAUGGACCCUGAAGGUGACAUGGGAGGAUGCUCCAGCGUACCCAUCCCAGAGGAACGACACAAGGACAAACACGUACCAGGCGGUCCUCACCACGGACGGGAACCAGUCCUUCGCCCUGCUCCUCUACCAGGACCAGGGAAUGCGGUGGGAUUUCACCAAGCUUGCAGCAAGGAACGUGCUCAUCGGCUUUUCCAGUGGCGACGGAUAUGCCGAAAAUAACGAGCUGAUUCAAAAGCCACCAGCAGUUAAAUAUCGGCCUGACCAGUACAGAGGUUACAGCACCGGUCUGCGUGGGUUCUGGAUCUACAAGCUGGACAGUCGUCCCCGGGUGAACUACAGGCUGCACUGCCUCGCGUGGCUGGCGGCACAGCCGGAGCCAUCCAGCUGGAACCAAGGGCUGCUGCCGUGUCCCUGCUCACGGUCACAGGCAGAGCUGGACCCCCGCUACCGGCAGAGCAGAGACCUGGUAGAUGCCUCUGUAACCAUGCUGCGCACGUCGUCCCCGAGCCGGACUGGAGCGGGGGUCCGGUGUCUUUAUCGGAAUGAGAGUUUUCUUGAAGGCUGGCAGGAGAGGACCUGGAGCCUUGCCCUCGAUCCCACCACCGAUGGGGAGCUGGAGGCCUUCGACUGGUGCUGCCAGGGAGAGGGGAAACCCCUGUUGUGCACCAGGUUUGCUGAGAAGAGACCCAGGGCCAGCUGUGAGGGAUACGUGCCGCCCGCCCCCGCCAGUGCCUUUGGGGACCCCCACAUCACCACCCUGGAUGGGCUCACCUACACCUUCAACGGACUCGGUGACUUUGUCCUCCUCAUGGCCAGCGAUGCCCAGACCAGUUUCAUCCUGCAAGGACGCACAGCCCAGACCGGCACAGCCCAGGCCACCAACUUUGUGGCUUUCGCUGCCCAGUACAUCUCCACUAACACCACACUAGUUGAGUGGACCCUGGGAAGACAAGGUGAUAUCCAGCUCCUGUUGAACUACAAGCCCAUCCUGUUUUCCUACUCCAAAGACAUGGACGCCAAGGUACAUUACAGCCCCGGUGUUCUGGUGGUCAAUGGCUCCUCCAUCACAGCUGUCUUCGAUGGGGCCGUUGCCGUCUCUGUCUUGGCCACUUCUGGGAUCCUCAGCGUGGUCUGCAGCCUGCCUGAUCGGUACCUCAACGCCACCAAGGGCCUGCUGGGUGUAUGGAACCACAACUCUGUAGAUGACUUCCAGAUGCUGAAUGGUACCAGCAUCCCCACAAACAGCAGUGAGGAGGAAAUCUUCAGCUAUGGCAUGACCUGGGCUGUUGGAGAGCACAGCCUGUUUGCUGAGCCGCUGGCAGCUCCGGUGACAAACUUCACGCCUGUCUUCUUGUCUCGGCUACGGCAGGAGAACGAAAGCCAGUACGAGCUGGCAGCCUCGCAGUGCCACGGGAGCAGGGAGUGCAUCUAUGAUGCGCUGAGCACUGGAGAUGUGGCCCUGGGCUUGGCCACCCAGAGCCUAGCAGAUGAUUUCCAGCAGAAGAAGACAGCACUAAAUGCUUUUCCUCCCGUCAUCACUGGUGAUGCUUCGCUCACAGCCUACAGAAUGGAAAGGGUGACAAGGCAGUACCAAGUGGAGGGGACAGGUGCACGAUUUAUCCCUCACACCUCUCUGGAGCUCAACAUAACAGAGAACGGCACCCUCACAUGGGAACCCACCAGCUUGGAGUCAGCCUUCACAGUCAGUCUGGAGGUCAUGGGGGCCAACAACGUCUCUGCCAUCCUCCUGCUCAGCUUUAUCCUUUGCAACUGCAGCAGGAGCCACCAGUGUGAUUACAAUGACACCAGCACCAUUGGCAGCUCUUCCUUGCAGCUCGCAGCCUGCAGGUGUGAUGACGGCUACUCAGGUCGCUUCUGCCAGGACCCACUGGACCCCUGCGCGUGGGGCUGCUUCCCCGGUGUGAGGUGCCACCCAGGCACUGGCUGCGGCCCCUGCCCUGCUGGCCUCACCGGCGACGGGACGCACUGCGCAGAUAUCGACGAGUGUGCACAGGGGACAGCAUGUGUGGGGAAUGCCACCUGCACCAACACCGUGGGAAGCUACCUGUGCACCUGCACACCCAGCGAGGCUGUAGGUGCAGCGAUAGGCUGCAUGGCCAUGUGUGGGUCUCGCACCUGCCCCGAGGGCUUCUGCAGCAACGGGGGUCAAUGCCACCUGGACGCGGCCACCUGCACGCCCACCUGCCUGUGCCCCCCUGCCUUCACUGACCGUCACUGCCUGGUGGCAGGCGGUGAUUUUCGGCCCCCGGCUAGCCCAGACCUGCCCCGGCGGAGCGUGUGCCUGCAGGUCCGAACACUGCAAAAUGUCACCGAUGACGAAGUCAACCGAACCGUCACGGCUGUCCUGGCAUCCCUGGAGGUGAAGGCUUUCUGGAGCAACACCAACAUCACCCACACGGAUGGCUUCACAUUCACUGUGGUGUCUGAGUUCGCCUACGACAGCACCGGCACCGUGAUCCACUUCCUGAACGAGGAGCUAAGGGGGGCGAUCACCGGUGCCUUCAACAAGACACCUCAGCGCCAGCGACGGGUAGCAGGAGCACAUGUUGCCUUCGAGCACCUGCACGGGGAUAACAUCACUGACCUGGUGAAGUUGACAGUGUCGGAGCUGAGGCGCUAUUUCCCCUGCGGCCUCCCGGGCUACAAAGGCUACCAGCUGGACUACACAGAGAGCGUUGGCUUCCUCUGCGUGUCCCCUUGCAGCACGGGCUACUGCCGGCACGGAGGCCGCUGCCAGCACCUGCCUGACGGGCCCGUGUGCAGCUGCACCUCCUUCUCCAUCUUCUCCCCCGGUGGCGAGCGGUGUGACCAGCUCGCCGUCAGCCUCGGCGCCUUCCUCGGCAUCUUGCUGGGAGCGCUGGCUCUGCUCGCGCUGCUGCUCACCUCCACCUGCCUGGCAGCGCGGCGCUGCCGCCAGCACAAGGACACCCAGGGGUAA